GGAUACUGUGGGGUAUUAUUUCUGACUUUACGGAGUGUGGUUACCGUAGAAUCGCUUCGCCAUGGCAAGCCGAAAAACUUCCCCAAACCGGGAUAGCAGGGAUAAAUAUUCAAUACUAUUACCUACCUACAACGAAAGGGAAAACCUACCUUUGAUAGUCUGGCUCUUGGUGAAAUAUUUCGGUGAAAGUGGCUAUAACUACGAGAUAAUUGUAAUUGACGACGGAAGCCCAGACGGGACCCUGGAAGUGGCAGAGCAGUUGCAGAAAAUCUAUGGAGAGGAUAAAAUACUUCUACGACCAAGAGCGACAAAAUUAGGACUUGGCACUGCCUACAUCCAUGGCAUAAAGCAUGCUACUGGGAACUUCAUCAUUAUAAUGGAUGCAGAUCUUUCCCAUCAUCCCAAAUUCAUCCCAGAAUUUAUUGAAAAGCAGAAGGAAGGCGAUUACGACCUGGUGUCUGGUACUCGAUACCAAGGGAACGGAGGCGUAUACGGCUGGGACCUGCGCAGGAAACUCAUCAGUCGGGGAGCCAACUUUUUGACCCAAGUGUUACUGAGACCCGGUGCUUCAGACCUCACAGGCAGCUUCAGGUUGUACAAGAGGGCGGUGUUGGAGAGUCUGGUUGAGCGGUGCGUGUCCAAAGGCUACGUCUUUCAGAUGGAGAUGAUCAUCCGCGCCAGACAGCUCAGCUACACAAUCGGAGAAGUGCCCAUUUCCUUUGUGGAUCGAGUUUAUGGAGAGUCCAAACUGGGAGGGAAUGAGAUUGUGUCAUUCGUGAAAGGACUGAUCACACUCUUCGCCACGACAUGAUGUAGGACAUCCCACAGGCAGAUAGUGUUGCUUUCACCCUUAAAGUCGCUGUUGUUAAUCUUUAGUACAGUAGUGCUAUCAGAAUUUUAAUGGGGGGGGGGGGGGGCUCCACUUUCCUAUAUGGCCAGACAGUGACGUGACGGCUAUUGACAAGGGGAGACAGCUCCCCUGUUAUCAGUAAAUAUAAAAUGUCAGUAGUCGUCCGGAAUACUGAAGGCACAUAGUGCUUUACAUUCCCAUCACCCUCUUAAAUGAAAUUUUGAACAAUGCACAUAGCGUGUCAUCCUUCUCAGUGCAGACAGCCGACUGAACUCUACACCGCUGUCGGAUGAGUGGUACACGUUUAACUGCUACACCAGUGAUUGUUUGUAUAAAAUAAAAAAGUUUGUAUUAUUGGC